AUGGCUGAAGCCAAGAACGCUGCGGAGAAAGCGCACCAAACCACAGAGCCAGAACAAGGGAACACAAGGGCUUCGUGGAGAACAUGCAGUGCAAGACUCCCACAGCAGAACGGAGGAACACUGAGGGCUGUCAUCUCACAGCCACCCAUGGUGACAGACUCAGAGUGGUUCGGUAUGAGCGCAGAGGAACAAUUGGCCUGGGCUAAGAGCUCUCAAGACCCUCGGAUUGCAGUAGGUUCCUAUUCCCCACUAGAAAAGAAAAUUAAGAGUUUAGGUGGCACCCAUUCUUCACGAGUGAGAAAACUGUUAGUCCAGGAGUUCCAACAGGAGAGUGAAACAGUUGAUAAACUUAAGACCAGGUCUUUUGACUUCCGGUUUGCUAAGGCAGAUUCCUACUACUAUCAGCAACAUAAGGAAAUGAUCAAAGAGGCAUGGAAUUAUAUACCUGAUUCAGAAUGGGCCAUUAACCCAGAGGAAGAGAAGAAGUCAAGAGGCAAAUUACCAGACAACACUAAAAAAUGGGACUAUCUAGUGUCUAAGAGGGAAAUGAAUCAUAUAGAAAAACACAUAAAAAGAGCUGAACGGGCAAGAGGCCUCAGGGACCACAAGUACAGACUACUACCUCAGAGAAUUCCAAGUGAAACCCUUUCCCCAAAACCACUAAUACCAGAAGAUGAAAAGAAUAAAGCUAUCCAGAAAACACAUAAAACUGUACCCCAAAAGCCCAAAGUCGCAUGGGCAAAGGAACAGAUGAAGCGACAUAAAGACCGCAUGAUGCAAGCGAGGGAACUCACAGAGCAGAAGAACGAGCAAAGAAAGACUCAAAAAUUCACCAGCCGCAUCCGUCCACUCUUAAAACCCCAAGUGGAGAAGGAGGAAGAGAAAGAGCUUGAAAAGGUCACAGCGUACCCCAUCAUCCAGCCUUCCAAGGAAAAACUUAUCGAGGUGACUAUUCUGAUGGAAAAGUCGAAAGUGGAUAAAGUGCAAAAACCACGCCAAAGAGAGCUCUUGAGUAUGCCACCGUUUUUGAAAAGUCAACUAGCAAGGAAAAAAAAGCUUAAGUUAUUUCCUUGA